AUGGCUGAGGUCAGAGGAAAUCAAUUUAAAAUGGGAAAACCAUCUGACAUGUGGUGGCGCAGAUUCAAAUCUCGGCACAAAGAUUUUUCUCUUCGCUCCCCAGAACCAACAGGAACUAUGCGCCACGAUGCUAUGUCCCGUCAGAGAAUAGCCACUUAUUUUGAAGAGCUUGGCAAGAUUGUUUUGUCCCCAAGCUUCAAAGACGAGCCAUCCAGAAUAUGGAAUAUGGACGAAACUGGUGUCAAUUUGAGCCAUAAACCAAAUAAAGUUUUGGCCAAAAGGGGGGCUAGAUCAGUUCAUGGGAAAACAUCAACUUCCCGUGAACUGAUCACCGUAAUAGCUUGUGGAAAUGCGGACGGUGGGUACUUGCCUCCGCACUUUGUCAUACCAGGUAAAACUCAGAAAAAAUUGGAUGGGUAUGACUUAGAAUCAGUGGUUCAAGAGGGUUCCGUGAUAAAAGGUGCCAACUUUUCGGUCUCCGACUCGGGAUGGACAAAGGAUGGUAUUGCAAGACUAUGGUUUACAGAAACAUUUUUGAAAAAUAUAGGCCCUGCUAGACCACAGUUGUUGAUCUGUGACGGACAUGGUUCACAUAACAAUGUAGAAUUUGUUGAUUUAGCAAAACUGAAUGACAUUAUUAUUGUCGAGCUGCCAAGUCACACCAGCAACUGGACUCAACCAUUUGACAGAUCGGUGUUCAAGUCUCUCAAGAGCCAUUGGAACACCACGUUAGAUGAUUUCAUUAAAAAAACGGGGAUAGCAGUAGGCCACAAACAGUUCCUAAGACUGUUUAAUAUAGCAUGGCAAGCUGCACUCACGCCAUCAACCAUCCGAAAUGGAUUUGCUGCGACUGGCAUUUACCCCUUUAAUCCCCAUUCCAUUCCAGACGAAGCGUUUGCCCCGAACGAAGGUUGUGUUUCUGAGAUUACCCCAGAGCCACAGAUCAAUUAUUUCCCAUUCCUAAUCCGGUACCUAAAAGAAACAGGAAGCGGGGGGACCGAUUAUUUCGUCAUCACAGCUGAUGAGGUAUUCAGCCAGAAAAAGAAAGCCCUAGAACUGAAACGUAAACAAGAGGAGAUAAAAGAACAGAAGCGAGUAGAGCGAGAGAGGAAACGGGCAGAAAAAGUCAUCAGUUUGACCAUGAAGAAGAGCAAACUAGCUUAA